UAGUAGCUUGUCAACACAACCUUUACUUAAUCAAUGUAGCCAGUAAAUAAUAUCUGAAAACGACGCACUUGUUUAGCAAUUAAAGUUAUAUUUACACGGCCCUGUUUUAGGUGUUUGUGGAGUUUUAAUAUGUAAAAAUCAGGGUGUAGCGCAGUGACCAGCUGUGGAUCAUGUGAUAGUUUUAUUAUUUUGCUUUUGAUGUUCGCUAACUAGCACCGGAGCUGCGCUAAUAGCUGAUUAGCUCGUUGUCUUAAAGCUGUACAAGCCGCUCGGAGAAAAUGAGAAUGCUGAACGGAUAGCAUUUUAGCAGAAACUUCGGCGCGUCUUCACGAAACAAGACAGAGCUUUCAAUGAAGAUUUUGUUUACUUAAAAAUAUUAUUUUCGUUUAAAGCCUUAGCAAAUGGGAUUUAGUUAAUCAUUCUCGUUAUUUAUGAUUAAGCAAGAGUUUCUUACUAUAUCGCUGUUAAACUUAAUGCUUAAAUAAUUUCAGCAGCUAAUUAUCGACUGAGAGCUAAUUAUCAGCUGUUUGGCUAGCUGACAACCCGGUUUCUGUGACUGAUAAAGCCCGUUAGCUUAGAAACCUUAAUAAGCUUGAUAUGAAAAUUUUAUUUCGGAUAGUUUUGUGCACCUAGGCGAAUGUGGAGGCUGUGAAAGUGGCCUGUAGUGCCGGGCGGGCACAGAGCCAGAGUGCGCACGCUUUUUACGUUAGUGACAUUAGAUUGAAAGCGGUAGUGCUAGCUCGCCGCGGCUAACACACUCCCUCAGCCCGCAUCAGCUGACAUCCUCGGGAGAGUACAGGAGCAGAGCCAGCAGCCAUGGAUCAACUCAAAGUCAAAGACAGGAUUCUUGAAAACAUAUCCCUGUCGGUAAAGAAGUUGCAGAGUUACUUUGCUGCUUGCGAGGAUGAGACACCGGCCAUCAGGAACCAUGACCGUGUUCUCCAGCGGUUAUGUGAGCACCUAGACCACGCUUUGUUAUAUGGGCUGCAGGAUAUAUCUUCAGGUUACUGGGUAAUUGUCUUGCACUUUACACGACGAGAAGCCGUUCGACAGAUUGAUGAACUUCAGCACAUAGCCACCAACCUUGGAAGAAGUCGAGCAUGGUUGUACCUGGCACUCAGUGAAAGUUCUUUAGAAAGCUAUCUUCGUCUUUUCCAGGAGAAUCAAGCACUUUUGCAUAAAUAUUACUUCAAGAAUGCUCUGGUUUGCAGCCAUGACCAUCUCACUUUGUUCCUUACGCUAGUUUCGGGGUUGGAGUUCAUCCGUUUUGACCUUGAACUGGAUGUUCCAUACCUGGAUGUGGCACCUUACAUGCCAGACUACUACAAACCACAGAAUCUUUUGGAUUUUGAGGAGAGAUUGCCCAGUUCUGAUAGCUUAUCUCUGCACUCAUUCAACUCAACUAAUCUCGAGUGGGAUGACAGUGCCAUUGCCCCCUCAAGUGAAGAUUAUGAUUUUGGUGACAUCUUCCCUGUGUUGCAGUCAAUGCCAAGUGCAGACUGGGAAGAAGGAGAUCUAACUGACCCAGUCAGUGGUCCUCGCUCCACAGCCUCAGACCCCCAAACAGUAAUUGCUGACACUGUUAUCAAAACAGCAACAACUCCGGUCGGGUGUACGUCUCUGUCACGCAGCCCCACGUUUCGCUACAACCCCUUUAACGAAGACUCGGACACUAACACCUCAGCAGAUGUUACGCCGGUACACACAGCCAGCCGCCGUGAUAUUCCUGCUGGUGAUGACACAGAGAGCACCAGCACAGAGCUGGAGGUCAUUAGGAUGGGCAGAAGGAGGAAACCAGGUAAGAAACGCAGAGGGAGAGGAUCAACUGACUCUGUCAGCAGUGGCCAGAGCAUGCCGUCCCCAGAACAAGCUGAAACGGAGGGAUCCCUUCAGAUCAACAAUGAAAAGAUGAAUCGAGAGGACAGAACUGUUGGGGGUAGCAUUAACUCGCUGGAUGCUCUGGACGGCUCAGCACGAGCAGCCAAAGAGAACAGCGAGGACCAGGAACCCGAAGCACGGUUCAGGCUCCCUGAAAUGACGGACACCUCCAUGGACACUGUAGGCCAGCCACUUAAAGACGUUAUGGACAGAUUGAACGGGGCUCUGGAUGGAAAGAGAUGGGAAGGACAAGAAGAUGAGGAGGAGGAGGCAGAGAAUGGCAUUAAUCCACACACAUCUUCACUUCAGCAUCAGCCCUUUCGGGAGGACGAAAGCGGCGAGCCACCUGAUCCAGACACGCAGUCACGCCUUAUGGUCUCAGCAGCUCCUACACACUUCUACUGCUUUACCUCCCACAGUGCAGAUGCUGCUGCCGAGAGUGGUAGCCGCCAUGACCCUGCAGGGAAUGGCCAGUCGCAGACUGUUUAUGGUGGCCAUGAAGAUGAGAGAGAAGGAGAGACAGCAGAACAGGAAGCGUCCUCCAAAAUAGUUGAGAGAGAGAGGGGAGAUGUUGAGAUUGAGCACCCAAAUGGUCUUGCUAAGAUUCAGUCUGGAGGAAAUGAAGCAGAAGAAGAAUCUUGUCCAGAAGAGAGUUCCCAUCCUGCAGAAUUUAGGGUUGAUAAUAAUCAUUUGCUACUACUUAUGAUCCAUGUCUUCCGGGAGAAUGAGGAGCAACUCUUUAGGAUGGUGAGAAUGAGUACAGGCCACAUGGAAGGGGACCUGCAGCCUCUCUUUCUGCUGCUAACAGACUAUUAUAUUUACCUGUUGCGGAAAGGAGCAGCAGACAAGCCAUACAAUGUAGAGGAAGCUGUGUCCUAUAGUGAACUAGAUUACAUUUCUGUGGGUUUGGACCAACAGACAGUCACGCUGGUUUGCACCAACAGAAGAAGGCAGUUUCUUCUGGAUACUGCAGAUUGUUCACUCACUAUCUGGUUCCUCAGCAUGCUGAAGUCUGCAAUGAUGAUCGGCUGCAGUGAACUGCCAUUCCCUGCUGUCUUGACUGAUGCGACUAUGGAGAGGCUGGCUCUGACUAAAUUUGUGUGCCAAGAGUCGCACUGUGAGGUAUCAGAGGUCAGUAUUCGUCUCUAUUCCCUCGUUCACUGGGAAGACCCCAUGGACAUGGGUUUGGGCACUCCUACCUCUCCAUCAGGUUCACAAAGGUCCAGUAGUACCAAGGAGGGGGCACUUCUAUAUCGAACAGGAACUUCAUACCUGGGGAAGGAGCUGUGGAAGAGUUGUUACCUUGUUCUCAGCAGUGGCAUCCUUUUCCUGUAUGCUGAGAGGACUGAUGUCACUCCAUUGAUGUCAAUUACCAUGGGGGGUGAACACUGCGGAGGCUGUAGACGCUCAAACAGCACAGAGAGGUCACAUGCAUUCCAGGUGAUCCUGACUGCACGUUCUCCUCUGGAGCUGAGUGCAGAAAAUGAGCUGGACAUGGCAGAAUGGAUGCAGCUCAUUUGUCAGGCUGUGUCUAAAGGAGUGAUUCCACAGGGACUAGCACCAACACCUUGUAUCCCAUGCUGCCUUGUUCUUACCGACAAGAAAUUGUUGACCUGUCAUCAGGAUUGCCAGACCAGUUUUUUCCGUUCACUUGGUGCAGCUGAUGUCAGCGACAUCACGGCUGUCUGCCUCGAGGAGGAUAAGGAAUAUUGUGUUAUUGAAUUUGCGGCCGACCGCUCUCAGUUCCUUCCUCCCUGGGUUCUUUAUUUUAGUGGUUGUGGGGAGAGGGAUCGGCUCUUGGAGGAACUGGAUUCUGUGUGGACAUCUAUUUUUCAGGUCCCUCUUAUUCGAAAGGGAGUAUUAGACGAGCUGGUGCAGAAGAGGUGCAGGGAGGCACUGGAGCUGAUGAGGAGCGCCUGGCAGAGGAGUGACAGUCUACACAGAGGGAGGUGCCAAAGAGAGCCAUGGUGCUGAGAGCUGGUCAGUCACACCAGAAUAGACUGGGGUCAAGCACUUGACUCAUCCUCCUGCUAUUAAUGUAGGUGUUCACAGCAGGUAGGGUGAGGAUAUAGACACAUCAACAAAUUGUACAGAUGUUUGAGUUCUAGUGUACUAAGCCUUUUGAAUUGGACAAAUGAAUGAGAAUGAGCUGUAAAUACUGUGCAUGAGGUGAUUUUGGAUUUUCCUUAACGACAUCCAUUUGUAGCCAGACACUUCAUCACAAAUGUACAGCUUGUGUAAAGUGUAAAUACAAAGUGCUUACUUUCCUCCUUUUUAUUAAAUACCUCACUAAAACUCCUUAUUAUGUAUGCAAAGGUACUUUGAUGGACUUCAGUCAAUGGUUCACUGUCUUGACUGUCAUUACUGAAACAUUACACGGUUAUUUUCUGGCUGCUAAAGGUAGAUUUCUGUUGAUGCUGAAUAUAUUGUCAAAGCCACCUCUGCAUAUUCAGCAACGCACAACAUUAACGAAACGAGGGAGCGGGCUGAAAGAGAAUGCUUGUUUGUACCAGAAUGCAAGAUUGCACAUAAUAACUUUUAGUUGUUUUUCUACGUUGCUUUUACUAACAUUAUCCGUACUGAUUUUACUAAUGGAUGAAUGUAAGCGCUGUGAGACAAUUAAUCCAUCAACCUGGAUGAAGCUGUUUGUCUGGAUUUUUAAAAAAGCUCAUUUUUAUUUCCCUCCAUGUGUAGUUUCCUGUAAAGCCACUUUUUUGUUUUCCAAGACGCAUGAAGGAAGGAUAAAAAAAACAACUAUAUUGUAAGUUAAGUAUGUAUACGUCUUUGUUCCAUUUCGCAUUGUGCUGAUAUCCCUGUACACACAUAAUGGUACAUCAUAAUAUGCUUAAAUGCAGCAUAAUGCAGUGGGCAGAGAAACUGUAAUGUGAAAAUGUCCAAGCAGAGUUUUGCUUCCAUUUCCAUUUGUUCUUUUUAGCAUUGUUUUUAGCCGUACCGUUCACGACUUUUUUUUCUUCAUUACCAAUUUAUGUGCAUCUGCACAUUUUAGGGUCUUGGGGAAAGUGCAGCCUUUUUUAUUUGCCAUUUUUUUUGUUUGUAUUUAUGUUGCAUUAGCCAAACAGUGUUUAAGGCUCGGUUUGUGAAAGCGCAUCACAGUUGAGUUUGCUUGACUUGUACACAGCCACUUCGUUUUAUACAGACCCACGCAUGCUUGAUCCAUAUAAAACAAAUAUCCAAGUAUGCAAGUUAUGCUUGAGAACAUUUUCCAAUUUUUUUAAUGCUUUCCCAACAUUAUUUAAUUUUUUUUAAUUUGAUUAGCCAUUCCAUGACCAUACUGUAAUGAGGUACGCUCUGGAAAUACUUUCGAACUCUAAGGUUUGUGUGUACUUUUGAGGAUGUUUCACAGACUGUUGUGAUGAAGUAAGUUAUAGAACCUCAGGUUUCAUGAAGUUUGUCUGAAUUAAAUGUAACCUGUAUAUUUGGACAUUGCAGGACAAUGAUGGAUUCGAGUUGGAACGUGGAAAAUUGUACAAAAGCUCUUUUUUCUUUUUUUCUUUUUUUUUUUAAAUGUGUUUGUAAUGUAUAUGUACAUAUUCUGUUUGUAUUUAGUUGCUUGUUUUAUUUGUAUGCUUUGGCAUUAUUUUGAUUAUAAGGUAACCCAGUCUGUCCUGAUACUUGAUUUUAAACACACUAAAUGCUGCAUGUUUUGUUUCAGUUGGAUAUUUUAUUUUUUUUAAUUCACAUUAACCUUUUUUUUUU